AUGAAUACAUACACUAGUAACGUGCAUCCAACAACUUCUCCUUCUUCUUCCACAACACCGAUCUCAAGUGCUUUCUUCAUAACUAUCGAAGCUUUGGUUUUCAUGGCUUUAAUUCUUAUAAUCAAAAGAUUACGAUCUCCUUUUUGUAAAUCCAACCAACAUAAGCUACAUUCUAAGCAAGGCCCACUCCCUCCGGGUCCUCUUCCAUGGCCAGUUAUCGGCUCUGUCCCGGAAAUGAUCUGGAACAAGCCGGUAUUUCGGUGGAUUCACCAGAUCAUGAACGAACUUGACACCAACAUUGCUUGUAUCCGUCUUGGAAAUACCCAUGUAAUCCCAAUUUCCUGUCCUAAGAUUGCUCGAGAAAUCUUGAAAAACCAAGACUCAAUUUUCGCAUCGAGGCCACUUUCAUUCUCUGCCCAUACUAUUAGCGGUGGUUAUUUGACGACCGUUUUAUCGCCAUUUGGUGAUCAGUGGAAGAAAAUGAGACGAGUCUUGACAUCAGAGAUAAUUUGUCCAACAAGACACAAGUGGCUCGAAGAUAAAAGAGUUGAGGAGGCUGACAAUCUCGUCACCUACAUAUAUAACCAAUACAAGAAUAACAAGAACGUGGACUUGAGAAUUGCAACUAGAUAUUAUUGUGGGAAUGUGAUCAGGCGACUCAUGUUUGACAAAAGAUAUUUCUUCGAGCCAAUAGUCGAUGCAAGCCCGAGUGUCCAUGAAAUAAAUCAUGUUGAAGCACUUAUAACUGCGCUCGGCUUCACUUACGCUUACUGUAUCUCAGAUUAUUUUCCUGGGUUGGUGGGGCUUGACCUUGAUGGCCAUGAAAAGAUUAUAAAAGAAGCUAACAAUGUUAUUGAUAAGUACCAUGACCCUAUUAUUAUAGAAAGGGUACAGCAGUGGCGAAACCCUAAUGACCCAAACUAUGGCGAAAAGGACGUUCAUGACCUUCUUGAUAUUCUUAUCACAUUGAAGGAUUCAAGCGGUGAGCCGCUCUUAACACUAGAAGAGAUCAAAGCGCAAUCUAGGGAACUCAUUAUGGCAGCAGUAGAUAAUCCAUCAAACGUGGUGGAAUGGAUAAUGGCUGAACUGAUAAACCACCCCGAUGUUCUUCAAAAAGCCAUGGAAGAACUUGACAGAGAAGUUGGUAGGGAAAGACUUGUUCAAGAAUCAGACAUCCCACGUCUCAAUUACAUUAAAUCAUGCAUUAGAGAAGGUUUUCGACUUCACCCAGUUGCACCUUUCAAUGUCCCUCACGUUGCAUUAAGCGAUACAACUGUUGCUGGCUACUUCAUCCCAAAAGGUAGCCACGUGCUGCUCAGUCGCAUCGGCCUCGGUCGGAACCCUAAUGUUUGGCAAUAUCCACUUGAAUUCAGGCCUGAGCGCCACCUAAAUGAAUCCUACGAGGUGGCACUAACGGAGCACGAUCUUCGAUUUAUAUCAUUCAGCACUGGACGACGUGGUUGUAUUGCGGCAUCACUUGGGACUUGCAUGACCACCAUACUUUUAACUAGGCUUCUUCAAGGGUUUUCAUGGAGUUUACUGGGAAAAGAGGGUUCUGUAGAUCUCGGCGAAGCAGAAACUGACCUGUUUUUGGCAAAGCCUUUGGUUACACGGGCAGAGCCACGGUUGCCACCACAUCUUUAUCUAGCAUCGAAUAACUGA